AUUCCUCUUCCGGUGAGCAGACGAUCUGUGUGUGUAGUCCGUGGGUGAGGUGGGGCAGAGAGUCUCCCGGUCAACUUGUUAAAAAGUUCACUGCGUGUCGGUUUAUGGCGGAAUUCUCCACGAGCGGCACUGAAACACGUUAGCGGGAGUCAGGUGGAGCUGUGAGACGCUGGACUGAGACAGACCGGGGACAUGGCGUCCGGUAAGAACAAGAACCAGACGUCUCUGGUCCUCCAUAAGGUGAUCAUGGUGGGCAGCGGCGGCGUGGGCAAGUCAGCGCUCACCCUGCAGUUCAUGUACGACGAGUUCGUGGAGGACUACGAGCCCACCAAGGCCGACAGCUACAGGAAGAAGGUGGUCCUGGACGGCGAGGACGUUCAGAUCGAUAUCCUGGACACGGCCGGGCAGGAGGACUACGCCGCCAUCAGAGACAACUACUUCCGCAGCGGCGAAGGUUUCCUGUUGGUGUUCUCCAUCACGGAGCACGAGUCCUUCACCGCCACGUCCGAGUUCAGGGAGCAGAUCCUGCGGGUGAAGGAGGAGGAGGCCAUCCCUCUGCUGCUGGUGGGGAACAAGUCGGACCUGGAGGAGCGGCGGCAGGUCUCUGCUGACGAGGCCACGGCCAAGGCCGGCGAGUGGGGGGUCCAGUACGUGGAGACCUCGGCCAAGACCAGAGCCAACGUGGACAAGGUGUUCUUCGACCUCAUGAGGGAGGUCCGUAAGAAGAAGAUGGCCGAGAGCAAAGACAAGAACGGGCCGAGCGGCAAGAAGAAGAAGAAGCACUGCCUCAUCCUGUAACCUGCACCCUGAGGUGACACAGUGCCAAAACCAAAGAGAAACAGUCAGACGGACUCAAACAGGCGGCGGCGGCGAUGGCGGCGGCAGGUCGCAGCUCAAACACUCGCUCCGUCAGCUGAGGAGGAAACACUCCUGAUUAUUUUCACACCUCACCUCCAGACGUGUCGGAGGAGUUUCACCUCCAUUUAUUCUUUAUGUCCAAAGCUGUCGGUGUUUUUCUGCUUCCUCUUUAUGUUACAGAUUCUGCUUCUGUGUGGCCAAAAGUAUGUGGACACCUCACAGGGGAAAUAUCAUCCAGAACGUCCGGACACAGCAGUUUGUAAAACAUGUUUAUACCACAGAUUAUAUCAGAUUAAAUAAUUAUAUUAAUAAAAAAUAAUUAUUUAAUCUGAUAUAAAUAAAUAAUAAAUAAUUAUUUUAAUAAAAAAAUAACUUCCCCAACGCCUUUUCCUGGCAUUAUCCCAGCAGGACACGUAGCGAUGUCUCAUUAAAAAACAACCGCUUUUUAUGGUGCUAUCCUUGUGGGAAAUGCAGCGGUGUCUUGCUAAAAAAAAAAAAUCCGCUUUUUGUAACAUUAUCCUCAUGAGAAAUGCAGCGAUGAACAUCCUCUUUUCGUGGCAUCAUCCUGUCAGUAAACUUAGUGAUCUCUGGAUAAAAAACUGCUUUUUGUGGCAUUAUCCUCGCAAGAAAUGCAGUGAUGUAUGGGUAAAAACAACCACUUUUAAUGGCAUUAUCUUUGGGAGAAAUGCAGCGAUGUAUGGGUAAAAACAACCACUUUUAAUGGCAUUAUCCUCGCAAGAAAUGCAGCGAUGUAUGGGUAAAAAACAACCCCAUUUUGUGGCAUUAUCCUCGCAAGAAGUGCAGCGAUGUAUGGGUAAAAAGUAACCCCAUUUUGUGGCAUUAUCCUCGCAAGAAAUGCAGUGAUGUAUGGGUAAAAAAAACAACCCCUUUUCGUGGCAUUAUCUUUGCAAGAAAUGCAGCGAUGUAUGGGUAAAAAACAACCCCAUUUUAUGGCAUUAUCCUCGCAAGAAAUGCAGCGAUGUAUGGGUAAAAACAACCCCUUUUUGUGGCAUUAUCUUUGCAAGAAAUGCAGCGAUGUAUGGGUAAAAACAACCCCUUUUUGUGGCAUUAUCCUCGCAAGAAAUGCAGCGAUGUAUGGAUAAAAAACAACCCCAUUUUGUGGCAUUAUCCUCCCAAGAAAUACAGCGAUGUAUGAGUAAAAAACAACCCCAUUUUGUGGCAUUAUCCUCCCAAGAAAUGCAGCGAUGUAUGAGUAAAAACAACCCCUUUUCGUGGCAUUAUCCUCCCAAGAAAUGCAGCGAUGUAUGAGUAAAAAACAACCCCUUUUCGUGGCAUUAUCCUCGCAAGAAAUGCAGCGAUGUAUGGGGAACAAACAACCUUUGUUCAUUAAAUUAUCUUUGCCAGAAAUGCACCAAUGUCUGGAUAAAAAACAACUGCUUUUUGUGGCAUUACCCUUCCAAAAAAAAAGAUCAUCAGGUCUGUUUGUUUGAGGUCUGCAGUUCGGCAGGUGUCUCGCCUGGGUGUCCACAUACUUCUGGCCACAUAUUGUACACGUUUCCUUUCUUCUCCUGUGUUGUUGUGACUGCUGUGAUGAUCUUGUGCCUGUAAUCACAGACGGACGGACUGUACCUUUAAGUGUCCUCCAGUCGUCCGUCUUCCUUCAGUCUGUUUGAGUCUUCUCACACAUUCCUCGUGUUUCACUUCCUCACACUCCUUUUUGUACGAAGCUUUGUCUUCACUCCCCGAGCUAAUCUAUAAUUUAUAAUCACGUUUAUUAAAAGGGAAUCUCUUGUAUUUAUGACGUCUGUGGUUUGAAGGGACUUUAAACGUGUUGGUGUCGUCGUCGUCGACUCAAAGUCAAACUCAUAACGAUUUGAUAAUCAAAGAGAGGGCUGAUCGCUGAGGCUCGAUUGUGACGAUCAGACGGGUUUUUUCUUUAUGUAAACAUAUUUCUGCACCAUUGUUCUGCAUUAAAGCACCAGUAUAAAUCAUAUAACACAAGUUAAAAGUAAAGUUAUUUGCCAAAUAAACAUUAUAAAGGAAAGAAGGGAAAUAUUUUAUUUACUGCUCCGUAGUUUCUGUGAAGAAAUAUGUAACUUGGUACUUCACCUCCUGGAGUCGUUUUAGUAGCUGAACAUGCAAAGAUGAGACGUUUGUCUUCCAAGAAUUCAACAUACAUAAAAAAUAAAGCUUCAAAAAAAUAAACGAAUAUUGAAUAUUGGAUGUAAAUUGACUUUUUCUUUUAGAAAAAUUCCCCCCAAAAAGAUGCCAAAUUACAUGUUUCUGUAAGGAAAUAAAAAUAAAAUCAUAAAACAAAGUAGUUCAAUGCAUAAUUAUGUUCUUAUUGUUUGUCUUUAGUGUUCAGUUAUCUGUUUGAAUUAAAUUCAAUCAAAAAUC